CCAGCUGUUCCUGCACUGUUUGGGCAGGGGAGGGGCCAUCAGGUGUGGGAUGUGGCACCGCUGGCUUGUGUGAUGUGCUUGGGGAAGCUCUGCAUGGGUCAGGGAAGAGGAAGGAGAGAACCGCAGAAUCAGUCAAGUAAGAAGGGACCACAGCGGGUCGUCUGGUCCAAGAUUUAGUGAGAGAAACAGCACCAUGAGGACACAUCAGUGGCCGAGGAAACAUGCUUUAAACUGCCACAGGAUGAAGCCAGCGCUUUUUAAUGUCUUGUGUGAAAUCAAAGAAAAAACAGUGCUGAGCAUCCGGGGAGCGCAGGAAGAGGAGCCCACGGACCCCCAGCUGAUGAGGUUAGACAACAUGCUCCUGGCCGAGGGGGUGGCAGGCCCCGAAAAAGGAGGCGGCUCAGCCGCCGCUGCCGGCGCCGCCGCGUCAGGAGGAGCCGGCUCUGACAACUCGGUGGAGCACUCUGACUACAGAGCCAAACUCUCCCAGAUCCGACAGAUCUACCACACGGAGCUGGAGAAGUACGAGCAGGCAUGCAACGAAUUCACCACCCACGUGAUGAACCUGCUGCGUGAGCAGAGCCGGACCCGACCCAUCUCGCCGAAGGAGAUCGAGCGGAUGGUGAGCAUCAUCCACCGCAAGUUCAGCUCCAUCCAGAUGCAGCUGAAGCAGAGCACGUGUGAAGCCGUCAUGAUCCUGCGCUCCCGAUUUCUGGACGCACGGCGGAAGAGACGGAACUUCAACAAGCAGGCUACGGAAAUCCUGAAUGAGUAUUUCUAUUCCCAUCUCAGCAACCCUUACCCCAGUGAGGAAGCCAAAGAAGAGCUAGCCAAGAAAUGCGGCAUCACAGUCUCACAGGUAUCAAACUGGUUUGGAAAUAAGAGAAUCCGGUACAAGAAGAACAUAGGUAAAUUUCAAGAGGAAGCCAAUAUUUAUGCUGCCAAAACGGCUGUCACAGCUACCAAUGUGUCAGCCCAUGGAAGCCAGGCUAACUCACCCUCAACUCCCAAUUCAGCUGGUUCUUCCAGUUCUUUUAACAUGUCAAACUCUGGAGAUUUGUUCAUGAGCGUGCAGUCUCUCAAUGGGGAUUCUUACCAAGGGGCCCAGGUUGGAGCCAACGUGCAGUCACAGGUGGAUACCCUUCGCCAUGUUAUCAGCCAGACAGGAGGAUACAGUGACGGACUCGCGGCAAGUCAGAUGUAUAGUCCGCAGGGCAUCAGUGCUAAUGGAGGUUGGCAAGACGCUACUACCCCAUCGUCGGUGACCUCCCCCACAGAAGGCCCUGGCAGCGUUCACUCUGAUACCUCCAACUGAUCUCCCAGCAAAUUGCAUCCCUGGCUGAGCCGGCCCCGGCGGGGGCGGGAGGGGAGGGGGCCUCUCCUAACACCGCAGCAGUCAGACUGGAGGUGAACCCAAUCAGCACACACAAGAAGACUCCUUCUCUUCUCUUCUCUUCGUCGGGAUGCUUUUUUCAGCCAAUCUGGACACUUCUUUAUACUCUCUUCCCUUUCUUUUCUGGGUAGAAGCCGCUCUUCCCCCUCCCCACUACCGCCACAACACCACUCCCUCCCCCUCACCCCUUCCCACCGAAGGAUAUGUCAACAGGUAGAAGGAUUUUAAGGAGGAAAAACAAAAAUCCACCGCCACCUCACAAACCAACCCCAGACCAGUGUACAGCCUCACACUCGGUGUCUUUCUGAGGAGCCACGAACGUCCCUCAGUCACGUCUCGCUCCCUCACUGGCAGGCAGCCCCCUCGCCCCCCUAUCUCUCAUGCUACCUCUCCGUAGGGAAUUGCCACCACAGACCUGCUGCCACCUCGUCUCUGCUGGCCCCAGCAUUGCCCCCUGUGCCCAGCCCUGCCUCGGUGAGCUGUCCCUCGGGCACCACGGUGACAGGGCGGGUGGGCACAGCCCCUGUGCACAUAGAAGGAGCCAGUGUGCUCCCCUUCAUUUCCAGUAGGUACCAGCCCAUUCCCAGCCUGGGGAAACCGCCAGCGGUUCCCGGUCCCUGCCCUACUCUGCCACACAUCCCACUGGCUGCCGUGAGCUGGAUGAGCCAGGAAAGGAGGCAGAGGCAGGUGAGAAACAGCCAUUGCUGAUAACAAGUCGCUGAGCACCUCCGUGGAAGUGUGUGGGAUCAGGCAUGGAUAGUCCGUGGGACCCCAGCAGUUUUCCCACAGCUCCUAGGGAGGCUGGUGGUGGACUUUUCCUGGUGAGGAGACUGUCACAGGGUGCUGACUCAUGUUUCCAGGAGUGUGCCAUGGUGUGGGAGAGGGGGAGGUGGGUUCCCCAGUGCAGGCAGGACUUGCAGAGGUUUGUGCUACCCUCUGCAUUCCCAAAGCCCUGCUGAGCUGGCAGCGAGGGACAGGCAGCAGGAUCCCAGAGUCUGGAUGUGGUGGGCUGAACGUGUUGGAUGCUUUUGGUUACAGUGCCACAGGUUUGCUUGAGGGUGAAGCCCUCAAGGAUGAGUGGGUGCCUCCCUUGGGGAUGCCUUUCUGCUGUGAAGGGGCUGGUUUUAUCCCAAGAGUUACUCUGAACAGUGACCACAGGAGAAAUCAUGGGAUUUUCUGCCCAGCUUUUCUGAUCCACUGUUUGGACAGGCAGUGGUUGCUGGUAAUCAAGGCUUCAUCCUGCUGAAAUGCCCCUUCAGGUGGCUGAUGCUGGGAGGACAUGGCUUUCAUGGAAAAGCAGGGAGAGGCAGCACCAGUUUCCCUGGGCUAAGCUUUGUGCCAGGGUGGCACUUUUGGCCGUCGGUUCUUCCAGCAGGCACGAGGAAGCUGAGCCAGCCCGCAGCAAGACCCUGGGUGUCGUGGGGACUGGUGUGGGUGCAGCAUGCCUGGCACCUUGUGAUGGAUCCCAUUACCUCUUGGCUGCACCUCAUGCUUUUGAAUGUCCAUGCCCACCCUGCUUGUGCUGGUCUUGAGGUGGGAACUGCCAGCACAGAGCAGCGUUAAGCAAGAACUGUUUAAAGCUCUGCCAAAAAAAAUUUUCACCCUUUUGCUGGAAAAAAAUAAUGGUCCUUGGCUUGCAGGGCACAGCAGUGGUGUGCCCACAGCUCUGACACACUGUCACCUUGCAGUGCAGGGGCUUUGUGUGUCCAACAGUGAGACACUUUCUGCUCCUUUUGCAUCCAUGCCAGGGAUGGGGACCCUGUGGCAGAGUGGGAUGCGACAUGCGAGGUCUAGGGCUGCCUCCCAGCUGUGGUAAGAGCACUGAGAAGGUUGUUUCCCUGCAAGGACAGUUUUGUGCUGCCCACCUUCCCCAGCCCUGCACCUUCCUGCAUUCCCCCUCCUCCUCCUCCCGUGGCCUCCCUCAGUGCUGCCUUUUAUCCACUUCUAGCUUGUUUUACACAAAACUGUUCUGGCAAAGUGUUUCAGGGAUGUGGGACUGGGUUAGGUCUGUUCUCUGGAGCAGCAGCAGUGCCGUGCCUGCAGGAAUGCCACGGUCCCUCCUGGGAACCAGCUGGGAAUGAGCUGAAACCACUUGCUUACCAGAGCCAGCCCAUGCCGGGGCUGCCUUCCCCUGCCCUGCAGCCGCUGCCCCUCCUGCCUGUCCCCCUGCCCGUGGCACUCCCUGCCUGGGCCAGGCACUCACUCCUCCAUGGUACUUUGCAAAUCACCUCCUGGAUUCCCUGGUUGGUCCCUCCAGUUUGCGUUGGCGUAGCUGCUUGCUUGCCUUUUUCUUUGCUUUUUUUAUUUUUGGGUUUUGUUUCUCCUCCCCAUUCUCCUCCCCUACUCCAGCCCUGAGUGUUGUGGGGUUUUUUUUCUUCUUCUUUUUUUAUUUUUUUUUUUUCUGCCCAGAAAAACCUGACUUCGAUACCAAAAAAACAAAACAAAACAAAAAAGAAAAAAAAAACCACAAAAAAAACACAAACAAAAAAAAAACCUGCAGAAACUCAAAAAAAAUAAAAAUUAAAAAAAAAAAUCACAAAAAAAACUCGACGAUUCUUUCAGCUUUAUUAACAUUUUCCAUUGUUUCUUGCGAUUUGUGUCUCGUUCUUUGUAGUAUUGAUGAUAACGAACAUUUGAUAAUGAAUGUUCUUGUAUAUUCAGAUAAAGGAGAAAAAAAAAAAACCAAAAACGCAGUCGGAAUUUAAUAGUGUUUAUAAUAAAAGAAUAAAAAAUGACCCUCUUAGCACGCAAAACUGAACAGGGGGAAGGUCCCGUCCCUGUUCUUUCUGUGGCAACAAGCGCUUCAUUCCUGUAUAGUUUAUAACAUCAAACUACCUACAUUCAUCUUCCUUUUUUUUGUUUGUUUGUUUUUUCCCAUGGUUUGUUUUUUUUUCAUUUUCUCGCAUUUGUGAAUUAGUUCAAGAAUGCUAGAAAAGUGUAGAGUUGUGCACACUCAUUUCUUCUUACACAAUGUUUAAAAAGUGACGGUAAUUCAUUUUGUAAAACUUUAAAAAGAAAAAAAAUGGUUGGAAUAGUGAGCAUUAAUAGGUACAGUCUAACAUUUUAUGUUUCUUAACGUUGAGACCCAGAAAUGACCUUUUAUUUUAUUUUUUGGCAUUAUUUGGGAUGGGAGGGGGGGGCUUUGAUGAUGAUGCUAAGUUUAUUUUCUGUCCGAGACGAUGGCCUUGCCGCUUCCCCCGUGCUUUUGAGUUGUGACCAGAGUGAUGUGAAAAGUGAUGCUGGUGUUUUUUGGUGGGGGGUGUUCCUCUUCUCCCCACUCCCUUCAACUCCCAGCUCUAGAAUAUCUUUCUGGGGCUGCCCUGGGGCUGAGCAGUGGGUUUAUGUCUCCGAAGAGAGACAGAAUUCUGAGGGGUUUCAGGGAGGAAUGGGGAGUCAGGUGCUGAACCCCCAUGGGUCUCCAUGCUGGGGGGUGUUGCUGAGCUGCAUGAAGUGGUGGAAGGGCUUGAAUCCUCCCCAAAAUGUGUAGAUGCCCAGAUGCUCUGCCCUGAAUCCCAGUAUCCCCCUUGGCCCAAAAUUGAGGGAUUCAGAGCAAGGAAGGUUCCAACCUCUUUUUGCCUACGGACCUUGCUGAGAAUGGGGUCUUGCAGCCUGGCCCUCAACUUCAGCUGCACCAAUGUGCUGAGAAGGAUGAGGGACAAGGGACAGGACAAUGCAGCCCCCACCCAUGGUGGGACAUGGCCCAAAAGCCCCCAAAUACAGCCUAAAAUCUGGGUGGCUGUGGCAUGAGAUUCAAGGAAAAGCGCUAAGGGAGAUGCCAUUUGGCAUCACUUCAGUUUUCUCUUAAAACAGUUCCCCCCCUCCUCCCAAAAAACCUGAGCUUUUCACAUCACUGAACGGUUUAGGGUUUGGGGUGUUACUUUUAAUCCCAAGGUUUCCUGGAGUCCUUUUGUUUUCAUACACCUUUAUUAUUAUUAUUAUUUUAUUAUUAUUAAGACGAUGUAAAUCAGACAUUGCCUGGGGGGUUGGUUUUGUUGGUUUGCUUUUUUUGUUCUUGCAAAGCCCUUUCUAUCCCUUGUAAAGAUGAUCCAGUUCGGAAUUGCUUUUUCUUUUCUAUUUUUUCCCCCAUCUUUUUUUUUUUUCUCUUCCUAAUGGAUUCCAAAUAUUAAAAAAAAAAAAAAAAAAAAACCCUAAAAAAAAAAAAAAAAAAAAAAAGACUCUCUGUUCCGACCUGGUUUUGAAACUUUAAGCUUUUCUGCUUCUGUAAAGAGAAAAAAAAGGCCUCUGUCUUUCUGAUCCCAACUGAGACUUUUAUGUUCUAUGACGAUACUAACAAGGUGUAGGUUUUACAGUUUCCUGAUUUGUACUGGUAAUGCAUAUUCCAAAUAAAUAGUUUCUUUUGUUGCAAAAAAAAAAAAAAAAUUCAAAAAAAA